AUGUACUACUCCAACUCAGGCCACCAGGGUUGGUCGGGGGGUUAUCCCCAACAGUGGCCUCCACAGCAGCCUUACUACUCCAACCCCAACCUCCCUCCCCCGCCUCCAUCCGGCGCCCAGCAUUUCGGCCAUGGCGCCCCUUCCAACUACCACUUCCAGUACUCAGCAUGUACCGGUCGUCGCAAGGCCCUGCUGAUCGGGAUUAACUAUUUCGGUCAGCCGAACCAGCUGCACGGUUGCAUCAACGAUGUCACCAAUAUGUCCACUUUCUUGCAUGAGAAAUUCGGGUAUCGUCGGGAGGAUAUGGUGAUUCUGACGGAUGAUCAGAAGAAUCCGAUGAGUGUGCCCAACAAGGCGAAUAUUAUCAGGGCAAUGCAGUGGUUGGUUAAGGAUGCGCAGCCGAACGAUUCGCUUUUUGUGCAUUUUUCUGGACACGGUGGGCGAACUCCUGAUCUUGAUGGUGAUGAGGAUGAUGGAUACGACGAUGUUAUCUACCCCCUCGAUUAUCGUGUUGCCGGUCACAUUGUCGACGACGACAUGCACGAUAUAAUGGUCCGUCCUCUCCCCCCAGGUGCCCGGUUAACAGCGAUUUUCGACUCUUGUCAUUCCGGAACCGCGUUGGACCUGCCGUAUGUGUACUCGACACAGGGUAUCCUGAAAGAACCCAACCUAGCCAAGGAAGCCGCCCAAGACCUCUUCAGCGCACUGAACUCGUAUGGAAAUGGUGAUCUGUCCGGGAUGGCGUCCACCGCUAUUGGGUUUUUCAAGAAAGCGGCCAUUGGCAGUUCCGCACGACAGAGGACCGUCAUGACGAAGACUUCCCCGGCGGAUGUGGUCAUGUUUUCUGGAUCAAAGGAUACUCAGACUUCAGCGGAUACAUUCCAAGACGGUGAAGCGCGCGGCGCACUCAGCUGGGCAUUUAUCAAAUCGCUCCAACAAUGGCCUCAUCAGAGCUAUCUGCAACUGCUCAACAGUAUUCGAGCCGAGCUGGAUGGGAAGUACACGCAGAAGCCGCAGCUGAGCUCCAGCCAUCCCCUAGAUACCAAUUUGCGAUUCGUGAUGUGA